AUGUCGUUCUUCGGAGUCAAGACGGCGUCUUCUGGCGGGGAAGCGGCCGUGUAUGAGUUCGACGACACUUAUGACGAUAAUCUUGGCGCUGCCUUAGAAGAGACGAAUGAUGAUUUCAAUGACGAGACAUUUGGAGAUUUUGGAGAUGGAGUUGGUAAUGAUUUCGAUUUUGCCGGACAGACUGCCAAUGUAGCAGACACAAUUGACGAGGAACAAUUCACGUUUGCUAGAAAUGCUGGUGGUAAGCUUGGUAGUGUUAGUGGAGCAGGUGGUGCUGGAGGUAGUGGACUCAAUUUAUUGCCUUCUACCACAGGUUCAGUUCCUAGUUUACAACCGAUAGCUUCUUUGUGGGGUACCGCGGGGGUCGACAAGAAACCAGAACCUCAACCAGCCGCUCAACAACAACAACCACAACAACCUCAACAACCUAAGAUUCUGUCUUUGGAAGAAGUGGAAGCCCAGAUGCUUGGUAAAUCUCAACAGCAGUUACCUCAUGGCGUGCUUCCUCAACCUCCUCAAGGGUUUCCACCUCAAGGAUUCCCUCCUCAGGGGUUCUUUCCUCAGGGAUUCCCUCCACAAGGAUUUCCUCCUCAAGGAUUCCCAGGCCAAGGAUUUCCUCAGGUACCACAGGGAUAUCCUCCUCAAGGAUUCCCUCCUCAAGGAUAUCCACUGCCUCAGGACCCUGCUGUGUUGAUGAGUAGUGGAUACUAUGGCUCAGGUGCGGGUCCUACUCCUGGUCAACCCGGUUUAGGCCAACCUGGCCAACCUGGUCAACCUCCUCAUCAACAACAGAUUCCAGGUCAACAACAACUGCAGCAACAGCAGCAGCAACCACAACAGCAACAACAAGCACAAUUCCAACAGCCACCAGCAGGUCAGAGUGUUCAAGCCGAUAGUGCAAUUAAGCAGAUCGAAGGACAAUUGGCACAAACUAGUGUGCAAGACCAAGGACAAUCUCAGGGCCAGAGACCACAGGGAGCUCAUGGACAAGAAGCUAAUGCCCAGAAUAACGCGCAAGGAAAUGCUCAAACUCCAUACUCACUUCCACAGCAGGUUCAACAGGGUCAACAGCCCGUGGUUCCAUUGAACCAAGUAAUCAAUGAAGACCUGGCACAAUCUGAAGCCGAGCACCAGAGAAUGUUUGAAAAGUCUCGUAAGAUUGCUGAGAUUGUCAAGUAUAACGGACUCAUGUCACAAUGGGAUAAGAACUUUAUUAUGAGAAUCCAGUUACAACAAAUGGUAACUGCCGACCCAUAUAACGAGGACUUUUAUUAUCAGGUUCACUCUGCUAUUCAAGCAAGAAACAACCCGCAACAACCUCUUAAUGAGUUUGCUCGUACGUACCUUCUUCAAAGAGGCCAACGAGGAAACGGUAGAUUCAGACGUCAUAACGAUAAUCCCCUGCAAAGAAUGCAACAGCAAGUUCAAAGAGCAGUGGCUGCUGCUAAGGAACAUCCAAAGAAAGAACAAAUUGCUCCUGAAGGUGCACUUGGUAAGAUCUCGGUUGGCGGAGGUAAACAACCAAGGAAAGCACUCAAUGUAGCAGGCUCUGCUUCCAACAUUCCAUCCAGUCCAUCUACCUCAUCUUCUGCAAAGGUUGAGGCUCUUAAGAAACUCACUUUAACAUCUUCGACCAGCCAAUCCGGCACAUACACUAAAAAGGGACUAUUACGGUCAAUUGAAAAUGUAUAUACGAUUCUCCUUGAGAUUGAAAGUGUAGAGAGAUCGAGACCCAGUGAGGAUUUUAAUGACCAACAACAACAACAACACCAGCAGCAAGCAGCUGAGGAUGUUGCUGAUUCAGAUUCGUCUCCAGCCGCUACACCAGCAUCUGUUGUCAGUUAUGAAGAACGGUUACAAACAUGGCAAGAUAAGAUGCAAACACUUGUAGACCAGCUAUGGAACGAGUUACAGGUCCUCGAGCCAAUUGAUUCGGCUAAUAACCAACCAUUCAUUCUCAUGCUGUCACACGACAAGGGCAAGAAGGUGAUUCCUCGUAUCUUCCGUCACUUGUCACAGAAGCAGCGUCUGACUGUGCUGACCCGUAUCGUUGCUCAUAUCGAGUCUCUCGACGUAGUUAAAGACGGUGAUUAUGGAUCCAGUGGUACAUUAUCGGCCAAGACCAGAGAAUCCAUUGAACUGUUUUCACAAACUGUGCUGCCACCAUUAGUGCAUCUUGUAUCCGAGUCGUCAUAUGAUGUAGUGAUUGGUCUGUUAGAGAUCAUGCUCAACAGCUCGAAUAUGGUGCAUGUCUCGUCUACUAAGAUUGGUCUUGCAUUCCUUACAGUACUGAUUUCACGAGCUGAACUCAUCAGUCAAGAAGAGUCCGAGGCCGCAACCCCAUCAGCUGCUGCUACUCGUGAUCUUGCCAACUGGCAAGCCACUUUCAACACCCUGUUUACAAAGGUCCAGGGCCACCUGUCGAGUAUAUUCCCACCCCGCAACGUCGAUAACUCGUACGUCUGGCACUUCCUCGCAUCACUCGCUCUAGCCGCCAAACUCGAGCACCAACGGAUUAUUGUCGACGAGGUGCGCGAAAUGAUCUUCGGCACCAUGAACGAGGCCAAGGCCCUCCCUGUCGAGCUGGGAGUCUCGAAAAUCGCCAACCUCAACCUCUUCCUCAACGUCAUGGGACUCAAUGCCACCACCACCGAGAUCACCGAACUUUCCAGCCAAUAA